AUGACCAAAUCAACUCGACCUUUGGCGAUUCCGUCGCAUAUAGAUGGCACUCGUGCCGAUGGCAUUCUCUCUGAGUCGAUGUUAACCCCCGGCUCGAGUUCGACGGCGUGGGCAAACGAAGAUGUUACUUCUACCAGCAUGUCCGGGCGUGGUGUGGGUUUGAAGCGGCUGGAGACUGAUAUACCGAACGAGGAUGAUAGGCUGGAUAUUUCACCUGCUCGAGCAGAAGAAGCCGACGAUGAACGAGAUGGAGAAGACGAUGAGGUGGAAGACUCAAGGAAUGAACGAUAUAGGGAUAAUCCGGGGCGUGAGGUUGAGGACGACCUGGAGAUUGCUUCAUAUUCGCUGAAUUCAUAUACAGCCGAAGAGGAGAGAAAUGUCGUCAGGAAAUUCGAUAAACGAUUGACUAUGUUUCUGUCAUUCCUAUACAUGCUCUCAUUUCUUGACCGGUCGAACAUUGGAAAUGCGCGAAUCGCAGGACUGAUGGAGGACCUGAACCUUUCGUCCGGCCAGUACGAAUGGGCCCUCACAGCCUUUUAUGUCACCUACAUAUGCUUCGAAUGGAUGACCCUGAUGUAUAAAAUCCUUCCUGCGCACAUAUAUAUCCCCAUCUGUGUCUUCUCCUGGGGCGUCCUUGCGUCGAUGCAGUGUCUAGUUACGUCGUUCUGGCAGCUCGUCUUCCUGAGAGCUUUGAUCGGUGUCUCAGAGGCAGCCUUUUCACCAGGCGUCCCAUUCUUCCUAUCCUUCUUUUACAAACGCGAGGAGCUUGCUUUUCGUACAGGCAUGAUAUUAUGCGCUGCCCCCUUAGCGACCUCGUUUGCAGGCUCCUUAGCCUGGUUUAUCGUAUGGGUGAGCGAGAACGGGCCUAUUGCUCCGUGGCGAGCAUUGUUCCUGUACGAAGGGUUCCCUAGCAUCAUCGUCGCCUUUAUUGCCUGGUCUUAUAUCCCCGAUUCUCCCGGGAAGGCUAAAUAUCUUACUCCCAGAGAGCGGAAGGUGGCUAAGCUGAGACUGAAGACCGGAAAGCCGAAACAUGAGAUCAAAAAGGCCAGGUUCGAUUGGGGAGAGGUUGGUAGAACGCUGUGUGAUCCCAAGUCUUAUCUCACUGCGUUCAUGUUUCUCAGCUGCAAUGUUGCAUUCAGCUCUCUCCCGGUUUUUUUACCGACGAUAUUACAUGACAUGGGUUAUUCAAAGCUCACAUCUCAAGCGCUCUCUGCACCCCCUUACCUAUUCGCCUUCGUGGUAGUUUUGAUGACUGCAUCCUUAUCAGACCGCCACCGAAGUCGAAGUUUCUACCUCAUCAUCCUCGCUCUCAUCUCAUCCGUUACAUAUCUCACCAUAGCUCUUACGGGCUACUUUCACUCCCAUCUCCCUACAUCAGUCCAUAUCCUGAUCAGAUAUGUAUGCCUUUACCCUGCCGCUGCCGGGUUCUUUUCCGCCAUCACCAUUAUCAUAGCCUGGACCAUGGAUAAUAAGCCUGCAGGUGAAGGUAAAGGAACCGGCAUGGCUAUUCUCAAUGUCAUUGGCCAAUGUGGGCCUCUGAUCGGUACCAGAUUGUACCCUGAUACCGAUGGACCAUGGUACAUUAAGGGCAUGACUGUUUGCUCUUUGUUUAUGCUUCUAGUUGCAAUCCUUGCAUUCUCCCUGAGGAUCCUUCUCCAGCGGGAAAAUAGACGGACUUUAGCUGAUGCAGCUGGUAUUGCCUCAGCAGCUAGAGAAACAGCUCUAGACCGUGAAGAGGAUUCUAUGCUCCGUGCUGAUGAACAGGACGGAGCUACUGAAAGGCUUAUGGGACCUGGUGUUUCAAAGUCGCCGGCUGCUAUAGAGAAAACAUCUCGGCCUCGAUUCGUAUAUAUCAUAUAA